AUGUCGAAAACAUCUAUUGAAAGUUUAUCAAAUGAAUUAUUUAAUGAAAUAUUCGAUUAUCUUGACGGUAGUGAUAUCUACCAAGCAUUUUCAAAUCUCAAUCAUCGUUUUCAACAAUUUCUCAAUUCUUCAUCAUUUCCAUUGAAAAUUACAGUUAAUUCAUCAUCUUAUAAAUCAUAUACGAAUACGCAUCAACAACUUUUAUUUAACACUAAGCAUCGAGUCAUUUCCUUACAUUUAAUAUUACCAUUACAAAACAAUGAAUUUUUCUUAUCAUAUUCAAUUGAUUCAUCAUUUAAUUGUCUUGAAUCACUUGUACUUUUUAAAAUUUCACCACCUAUACUUUUAUUACUUCUUACUAAUUUAACUUGUCUACCACGACUUUUUUCAUUAACUAUCGAUACACAAUGGACGUUUGAUGAUUUAACAGAAGUUUAUCGAUUAAUUUUUGUUUUACCAAAAUUAAAAUAUAUGAAAUGUUCAGCAAGAGGAACUGUCUUAUCUAUGUCAUUACCAAUUGCUAAGAAAGAACGAUUAACUAAUAUUGAAUAUCUUGUGAUUAAUCAUUCUUGUACUUUUAAUCAAGUUUCUACUAUAAUAUCUUAUACACCUGAACUUUAUCAUCUAAAUUUAAUGAAAUCCUAUGAUAAUUAUUUUAAUAAUGAAAUGAUAUUACCAAUGAAUUUAUUCAUUUUACGUGCUACUCGUUUGUACGAACGAGAUUAUCUUGAUGCUGAUCGAUGGCAACAAUUGAUUGAAGAUUAUUUACCAGAUUUAGAAGAAUUUUAUUUACAAUAUCAUGAAAAAGUUGAUCCUGAAGCUGCAAUGUCUAAUGCUUUACCUUCAGAUAACUUUCGUUCAUUAUUUUGGAUUGAACGACAAUGGUUAAUGGAUGUUGAAAUGAAUUCUUUGAAAAUUGUCUGUUCAAUUCGACCAUACAGAAAAAGAUGGUACGAUAUAAAUUCUUCCAUUGAACUUUCAAAAUCUACUCAACUUACUGUUUGGAGUGUUCCUGAUGAUUAUUAUUAUAGUGGAUUAUUAAAGUUAACUAUUGGUGAAAUUUUAACAAUAACACAAAUUUAUCAUUUGGAAAUUUCUGAACCAAAUAUUUGUUCUACUGAAUUAAUCGAAUUAAUUGAUAAAUUACCUGGACUUGAUUCAUUAAAAAUCUUUUCUUUGAAAUUAUUAAAAUCAAUAUUUGUCGCUUUCUACGAACAUAAACUUUAUUUGGCAGCAAAUAAAAAUAAUAUCACCAAAGUUUAUCUUUUCAAAAUGAAUUCUAUAGAAGAAGUUUAUUUUCUUAUAAGAUUUUGCCCUCGUAUAACAUAUCUCAAAGUUAAUUUGAACAAUAAUGUUGAUUAUGAAGUGUUUCUAAAAGAUCUUUUAAUGAAAAUUAAUAAUGAUGGCAAUCAAUAUCUUCGUUUAUUAUGUCUUUAUAUUCCAACAGCAAACAAUGAAAUGAUUAGCAAAUUCAAAGAUAUGAUCAAUCGUGAGAAACUUCUUCAUUGUUUUACUAUUAAACUUGAAUAUGAUAAUAUAUAUCUUCAAUGGAAAUGA